AUGACGCCAUUUUCUGCCUUGAACCUUUUCCCCUGUGUAUAUUUUCCUUCAUUCCCCUUCACCAUAGCUUUUUAUCUCUCUUUCACCAUUUGUAUUCCCUGUCUGAGUCUGUUCAUAUCUAUCUAUCUAUCUAUCUAUCUAUCUAUCUAUCUGAGUCUGUUCAUAGCUAUCUAUCUAUCUAUCUAUCUAUCUAUCUAUCUAUCUCAGACUGAUCACAUCUCAUCUCAUACAGUCUGUUCAUAUCUAUCUAUCUAUCUAUCUAUCUAUCUAUCUAUCUAUCUGAGUCUUUUCAUAUCUAUCUAUCUAUCUAUCUAUCUAUCUAUCUAUCUAUCUAUCUACCUGUCUGUCUAUCUAUCUAUCCGAGUCUUUUCAUAUCUAUCUAUCUAUCUAUCUCAGACUGAUCACAUCUCAUACAGCUCAUAUCUAUCUAUCUAUCUAUCUAUCUAUCUAUCUAUCUAUCUAUCUAUCUAUCUCAUUCUCUUCAUGCGCCUUCUAAUUUAUGAAUAUGCUGCAACAUUGUUGAGUGUACAAAAAGCAGUAACACUUUUUUAUAGCUACUACUUGGGUUCACACUUCACUGUUAACCACCUUGGCAGACCGUUUGGCAGAAUAAAUAGUAUCAAGUAUAAAAUGAUAGCGAAUCUUCCUAUCUUGAUUCUUUCAAUAUUUCUGUGUCUUGCAAUUUUUUUUUGUUUUCUUUAUUGA